UGGGCUGUCUAAGCUCCAGACUGAAGACACACGCGGGCCUGACUUAUCAAAGAGGUGUGAAGCUCUCAGGUGAAACCGCAUCCUCCCAUUUCUUCAUUAGACAGAUCACAUCAAACUGAUAAUUGUCGCCGUGCAGACUUUAAAGAGUAAUUUCCCACAAAAGGAAUCUAAUUAUUUUUCUUUCUAUCACAUUAUCCGUCUAUUUAGCCUUAUUCACACCCCAGUGAUAACGAACGACGUCCUUCGGGAAGGUUGCAUUUUGGCACUUGAGGUUUUCUUUGAACUUUUUUUCGCCUGAGCUGUGAACCCAUAAACCUCAGGAGAUCUGCUUCUAUAUAAAAACGCUUUGGCAAAAUCGCCUUCACACGAUCUGCCUGUCAUCCACCGUGAAUGUCAUCCUCGCCGCAUGGACGACGUCUGGAAGUCUCAGGAUAUUUCUAACAUGGACCUAGGAGGUUACGGCUAAAAUACUGUCUGAAUGGAAGAUCCACGAGAGCCCUGCUUUUGGAGAGGAUCAGGACUCGCUACAGUCCAGCUCACCAGAACCCUCGAUGGACUCCAUGUGCUCUUCACCGGAGACGUGCUACUCCAGCGGGCAUCAGGAGAUCAAUGAUUUUCCCUUUGGCUUCACGGGACGCGGAGCGUCUCCGGCAGCGCAAAGGCAGAGCAAGCCCAAGAUGUCCACCAAGAGACGCAUGAAGGCCAGCGAGAGGGAGAAGAUGCGGAUGAGGAGUCUCGCAGAGGCUCUACACCAGCUCCGCGACUACCUGCCGCCGGACUACAGCAAAAGAGGCCAACCCCUAACCAAGAUACAAACCCUCAAAUACACCAUUGAAUACAUCAACAAGCUUUCAGACAUCCUGAGCCGCGCGUAACGGACACAAAAUGGACCACUUUUACGCACCAGGUUUACCCUCAUCUGGCUGCUGAUGGAGUUAGUUUUAUAUCUCUGAUGAAUAGUACCACAUCUUUAUGAUAACUUAAUCAAUAAAUUUCAUUUAAUAUUCUUUCUUAUCUUUUUGCCCUUCCCAUGGUGUAAAUAUUGUUUAGCGGGCACUUGGCAAUUAUUUUUGUAUAUGAGGCUGCCUUUGUUGGAGAUAUGAAUUCAGUGUUUGGAAAUAGAGUUUGCUGUUAGUUGAGAUGUAUGGUGUCUUUAUGGAUAUGAAAUACAGAUGUACUGAUGAACAAUAUCUCUAAUAUUCUUAUGUUCCUGUUAGACUUUAGACAAACCGCCUUAGACUUGUUUGUAUGAUACUUUGUUUCUGGUAUAUUUUAGAAUUUAAGUGGCUGUGUGAUAGUUUGAAGUUUUGUUGUGUCUGGAAGCUAUUAAAUAAUUAAUACUGUUGUUUUUUGGAAAAGGACAAGUAAAAUAAUUCUUCACAUAUUUUUCCCAGUUAUAAAGUAUAUAAGGCUUUC